UAUCGGGUUCGUGUGGGCGUACUGAGUGGUGCGACGACCGUUCUAUCUGCAUACGCCUACUCGCGCACAGUGCAUCGGACUCUUUCCUUCACCGGAAGUACCCUUCAGAGGACCGCCGCGCUGGUGGCUAAGGGCCCGGACCGCAACGGCGCACCCAGUCGGUCAAGAUAGGUCAAACGAGCAGCAUGUCGUUGAAUGAAGGUAUCGCGGUCGUUACGAAGGUGGUUCCCAGUGUACGGUGCCGCGCGGCCGAUUCCACCGCGUCGUUGCUCACGCGCGAAGAUCUCGACGCCGGGCCCAUCAGUUUGGACGAAAUCGAGGCCGGGCUGUGGCUGGGCAAUGCGUCGGCUGCCGCUGACCUACCGACCCUGAAUCGGAACUCCAUCCGCACCAUCCUGUCGAUCGAUUCCGUGCCCUUGCCGGUCCACAUAACGGAUCAUCCGAAUUUGCGCGUCCGCCACGUCCAAGCGGCCGAUGUUCCGCGCGAGGAUUUGAUUCGCCACUUCGAGGAAAACAACCGGUUCAUCCGGGACAGCUUGGAUGCAGGGCGGCACGUGCUAGUGCACUGCUACUUCGGUGUUAGUCGCAGUGCCACGGUGGUCAUUGCGUAUCUGAUGGAAAAGUACCGUCUCGGGUACGACGCCGCCUUCCAGCGGGUUCGAGCGAAGCGUCGCUUCGUCAUGCCGAAUCCCGGGUUUGUCAAUCAACUCAAACUGUACGCCCGCAUGGGCUAUCGGAUCGAUCGGACCAACGAGCGGUACAAACUGUUUCGGUUGCGGCUGGCCGGAGAUAAUGUGCGCAAAGCGAAACGACUGCCCACGGAGUGCAUGGACGUGGUAAAGGGCGAUCCGGGUGUGAUCCAGGAAUCGCCUGAACCGUUCGUCUACCGGUGCCGAAAGUGCCGCCGUGUGGUGGCAUCGAGAAGUAAUCUGCUGCUACACAAACCGAAGGCCGCCACCGCAGGUUUGUCGCAACUUCCUGCAAAGGUGGGUCGCGAAGCGGAAACUACGUUGGAGGAGAGUGCGGCAGAUGAAGCGAUUGACACGGCAAACGAUGCCGAAGUGGGCACCGAAGCUUCCAUUAGCAUGGCUCCCGCAACCGGAGUGACCGAGCUGACCGAGCAGCUACGUCGCAGCUCAAUCAGCAGCGAGCAGAGCAACCGAUCCUCGGACAAGGAGACGCCGAUGUGUAGCAAAAUCUACUUCAUCGAACCGCUCGCCUGGAUGACGGACAUCUAUCGGAACACACAGGGACGACUGUACUGCCCCAAGUGCACGGUCAAGCUGGGAAGCUUCAACUGGGUGAUGGCAACAAAGUGUCCGUGUGGGGCCGAAAUUUUUCCCGCAUUCUAUCUCGUGCCGUCGAAAACGGAAUACUCGACCGUGGUACAGAAUGUGCAGGUCACGGUGUAAAGAAAGAAAAACAUCCAAUCCCGCCCCGAAUCCGAAGCAGCAGAACACGAAAGGAAGACGCGCCGCCAGGAUUUGGAAGCAUUGCGGUUUCACUGUCAUCAUUAUUUUUUAUCUUGCCAGUAUUUUUUGGUUUCAAUUUCGUCCGCGUCAUCGCUGUUUUGUGCGUUUAUAAAUAGUUUCUCUGACGCGAAGGGCAAACAGGUUUCACUCGGAGCGGUUGAAUCGAACCGUCAAUAGAUGUGUGCAACUGUCCUGGAGAACAUUGGCAAAGAAGUGGCACGAGCGUGGGAACGAACAUCCUAGUUCGCGAGUCCGAUCCCGUUGGUGCCAUCUUGUCGCCCUUAAGUAUGCUUUCUCGCAUAAAUCAGCUCUACUCAAUGUCAUUCGUUGUGAUCGAUGCAAAACGGGGGGAAGGCUAAAAAUAGGUCAAUUGCCAUGUUCACCAUCCUUUCGCGGUUGCAUCAGUUAUCAGCGGCAAUCAUCCUCCCAUGCCGGGACAUUGUCACAGACUCUUCUUUUGGCACACAAAUCACACUACUGUGCCGCCCGUCCCCCUUAACAGUCCCAUUAGGCUUGACAUUGGCGAAACCGUGGCCUCUAAAUCGAUAGCUGCGCCUGCUGUUCGAACCAACAAACCUCUUCUGGUCGACAAUGAACAAUGGGGAUUGCAACUGCGCAGACUAACGGCGACCAUAGGGGCGGAUGAACAGCAACAAAAGGAAACGGAAUUGUUUCUUAUCUGGCAAAAGGAUGUGCUUGCGACCCGUUGGUGCUGGUGACAGCAGCAACCGGCGGUGUUGCGAUUGCAGCCUUUCUUUUCUGUUUUCAGUCACGAUGAGAACGAUGAGCGGAACUGCUGGAACUCGGAAAAUGUAUUUCAUUAUUCACCAGUACAAACUUUUUGACGACGUGGGCCACUAACGUGAGGGAACGAGGGAGAGGAAGAGAGAGAGCGACAACGGGAAGGUUAGGUAGUGGCACGUUCGGUAAACGCGGCAAAUUCGACGAUGCAGAAGCAUGAAAGAUCCACAAGAAUGGUUUUUUUUCGCGCGCCCCUUGAAACCGAAACGAGCUUGAGGAUAGGGCAAGCAUUUAAAGCAAAACAAGCAAAUAUCUGCCGCUACUAGCGUAAUGGCAGCGCAACGAUACGGGGAAUAUUUAAUAUGAUAAACGUAGGAACUACUUAAUCGAACGUUGUGCAGAGUGAAAUGUUGCGCCAUAACAUGACACAAUAAUCUAUACACCCAACAUUUGUCGCUCUAAUGCGCUUCGCUAUAUUAUCUUACUUCGUGUACAAAGCCAAAGCAAGUGUCCAAGGGACUCGUAAUAUUCUUUACAGCUCAUGAAGAAGAUAAAAAAAACACUAACGCAUCAAUAUUUAUUCAACUUGUCGUGUGUUAAGAACUGUAGGUGUAUGCGUCCGGUAAAGGGCUUAAGGUUUAAAUGUGAAUUGUGUGUGGUGUGUCGAAGAAAUUGUUAAAUCCCUUCAUUGAACACAAUUUAUGAAAAGCAAUCGCAGAGAAGGAGUGAUUUAAAAGCACAAAAAGCAACAAACGGUGCAACUGUUUGUCUUCCUUCGGUAAACACUCCGAAAGGAGGCCUAUUUAAUGCCGAAGCUUCACCGAAGGUGCUCAAAGAGGUGAGCGAAGGAUAUUGUAUUUGCAGCCGAAAAAACGGCAUUCCAAACGGGUUUACUUAAUAUGCGUAGUGAGCAACAGCCAUUACUAAAUGGACACUAGGCAGAAGAUAAUCAAAAUAUAUACAUGUGCAUAGACUUUGCCACAAGAUGGAGAGCAACCACACCAUGGUAAGUAUACAUAUAUAUCUAUCUUUUUACAAAUCUGCCUGUCGUAGUGAACGCAAACGUAAACGUAAAACCAACCGAAACGCUAUAUACACAUUCCGAAACAAUCUGAGAAUCAAAACUGUUGAUAUGGUAACAAUAAAUGGAAGUAGGUAA